AUGGCUGAGAAACGAAAACGGCCCACGAAAGAUCCCGUUCUGACUGAUUUGCCGUCUUCCAAACAUGCUAGGGAAGACAAGCCUCUGGAUGGCUCGAUUUACCAUCCAGUGCUUUCACUUUACUAUUCCCGAGUCGUGACGCUCAGGACUUUUCUCUGCGAGCAGCUGCCACUGUCGUCCAAGUCGCGAAAGAAAAAAGUCGCCUCUCUUGGCCUGGAGAAACGGAAUAGCUUCGACCAACCCCCCUAUCCCUCCGCUUCCCAGGAAGUUGGCACAAGGUUUAAGACCGAUGAGGAAAUACAAGACCUUGCCGGCACCCUGGACUCAACGCUGGUGGGUAUUUUGAGGGAGCAUGACAACACUAUCAAUGUUUCCCGGCAGAAAGAAUUCGCUUCUUUUACUCAAUCCCAAGCCCUUUCCUCGCUGGAAUGCAAUGACGUUGGUGCAACUACAUCCCAGCCAGAUAUUGUCGACUUCGCCAUCCUCACUCUGUUCAAUGGCUAUCGCGGCUCCUUCUAUAGACCGCCGCAUUUACUCUGUCAUGGUUUCCAGAGAGCAUCUAAUCAAUGCCGCCCAAAUCAUGAACAUGAUCCAAUGUCUGGCAUCCGCGGCAUUGUCCCUCAGUAUCCAAAUAAAAAUGUUUCAAUACUGAAGAACUCACCCUGGACUGACGUCCUUGGCCUCCUCGGGAAAAACUGUGAAGAAAUUAUGCUUCACUUACUCCUGGACUGCAGCAUAUUUAUCCAGGUAGAUGAGAAGAAUUGUAUCUUUUAUCAAUUGAGUGAUGUUUUCAACAGAUAUCCACAGAGCAAUAACCGGAACCAUACCUUGCAUAUACUGAAAUACAUUUUCCCACGACAAUUCGGUCUUCAUAAUGUUUUUACUUCUCGUGUGAACCUUAAGGAAACCACCCAACCGUUCAAGGACUAUACUCUGCGCGAGGAAGAGAUAUCAUACUUCAGGAACCAAAGGGACACAUCUCGGAAAGACCCUGAAAAAUCUAGCGAACUUCCAGGCAAAAUUCCGAAACGACUGCGUGGUGACCUUGUUGUCCUCAUUCAGAACUUGCAAAAGCGCCAUCAGCGGUGUCCUUAUGUAGAACUUUUACGUUAUUACUGCCCUAUUGAGAACACCCUUCCUCCGACUCUCGGCUUGGUGGGACCACAAUCUAAUAGUGCGUCCCGCCAAACAAGACCACCCAGUAAAUUCCAAAUGACAGACUAUGCUACCCCGCAUGUUGCGGUAUCCGCAUUUUGUCGGGGGGUGUUAGCUAAACUCAUACCCAAUGAAUUGUACGGUUGUGGGGUUGAUGGAAUUAAGAAUAGAAAUAUUAUCCUGCGCCACGUCGAUACUUUCGUACAGAUGCGCAGGUUCGAGAGCUUAUCAUUGCAUGAGGUUUCACAAGGCUUAAAAAUUACUUGUGUCAAAUGGCUGCAGCCCGCCUGCGCCAACAGAAUUCAGGGUCUCCGGUCCGUCAAGCUUUCGUCUUCAGAUAUCCGUAAAAGGACUGAGAUAUAUCUUGAAUUUGUUUACUAUAUAUUCGACUCCAUCCUCAUCCCGUUGAUUCGCUCAAACUUCUACGUCACGGAAUCUGGCGUCCAUCGUAAUCGUUUGUUCUACUUCCGACAUGAUAUAUGGCGGCGGCUUACAGAGCCAACAAUUGUACAGCUCAAGCGCUCGACAUUCGAGGAGGUCAAAAAAGAAACUGCGGAGCAAAUUUUAAGCUCCCGCAAUUUGGGUUACAGUCUUCUGAGAUUACUACCAAAGUCAUCGGGCGCACGGCCAAUCGUUAACCUCAGGCGGAGACCUGUCCGAAAAUGCGGGUGGGGAGGCUUCAGCGAGCUAGGACCUAGCAUUAAUUCACUCAUGACUCCAGCGUUCAAUGUACUCAACUAUGAGAAAAUGCAGCGUUUGGGCUUACUUGGGGCCACCAUGUUCUCUGUUGGAGACAUCUACUCUCGGUUGAAAGCUUUCAAGCAGAAGAUCAGACCCGCAGAUGAAGCACCGGCAAAUAUCCCAGGUUGCCACUACAGGACGAAAGCCAAGCCGGUAAGGAAAUUCAUAUCCAGAGCGGUGGGUUUUACUGGUCUCACAAGUCUGUAUGAUGCUAUCGUCGACACAGAGUGUAAAAGAAAACGACAUACCAUUUUUGUUGGCACCCCGACGUACAAAAAACAUCAGAAGAGGGAUAUCCUUCUCCUUCUCCAACAACACAUCCAGAACAACCUAGUGAAGAUCGGCAAGAAGUAUUUUCGGCAAAGGACCGGGAUUCCGCAGGGGUCUAUCGUUUCAACAUUACUUUGUAACUUUUUGUAUGCCGAGUAUGAACGGGAAAAGCUCGGGUUCCUAGACCACGACGACACACUCCUUCUUCGCUUCAUAGAUGACUAUCUCCUCAUCACGACAAAACCUAGCGUUGCUGUUCAAUUCCUGCAAGUGAUGCUUAAAGGAAAUGAAGACUACGGUAUAUCUGUAAACCCGGAGAAAAUUCUGGUCAAUUUUUUGGUCACAAUUGAUGGACGAAAAGUCCCUCGCCUCGUCGAAACAUCCCAACGCCAGUUCCCAUAUUGCGGGAAUAUUAUCGAUACAUAUACCCUUUCCCUCACCAAGGAUCGGACACCGAAGGACCCUAGUCUUACUACUUCGGAUACCAUAACAGUUGAUGCCACUAAGUCUGCUGGCAUCUCUUUUUACCGCAAGGCCCUAAACUCCUUCAAAACUCAGGUCCACGCCAUGUUCCUCGACACGAAGCAUAACUCGACUUCAAUAGUAAUGGCAAAUCUCUACCACAGUUUCCUCGAUUCAGCAAUGAAGUUGUAUGAGUAUUCACGUUCUCUGUGCCAGCGAGGAAUUCGAAGAUGGGUCAAAACCGCAACGAUGUCAUCAGCUCUCUUUAUGCGGACAAUCUCAAACCUCAUAGAAGUGGCCGUCCAUGUCAUACAGUCUCUCAAUUUGACUGCUUGCCGGACGAGCUCCGGAUUUGAUAACAACAUUACAAGAUCUCAGAUUCAGUGGCUUGCGGCUACAGCGUUCCGGACAGUGCUUGGUCGUAAACAGACCAAGUUCAAAACGACGCUGCGUUGGCUGGAUGGGGUGAGUCGAGAAUCAAGGCCGAUGACGGAUGCCGAAGCGGUGAAGCUUCGAAAGGCGGUCAACGGGAGAGGGCCAUUUGAAUAG